UCUUCUUUUUUUUUUUUUUUUUUUUUAUUGGAGUCGGACAUCUCCUUAAAAACAAAGUGCGGGGAGUUGAAUGAGCUCAGCUGUCUUCGGGAUUUCCUCCAGCUCCUGUUCGUAGAAGGGCUCACAUUUCAGGAAGUCCUUUUUGGAGGGGCUUUUACGCACUCGCGCAUCAGCUGUUGUUGGAGCCACUAUGGUCGCGCGGCUCUGAAACAUUAGUCCACGCAUCAGCCGGGCAUCAUGAACCCCUGGAGCCCCCCCUGGACUGGGAACUUAGUGUUUUGGACACUUGUGCAUGCCUUUUGUGUCUGUGGACCAGUGUGUGACAGUGCGCGCUCCAGACCUGCCACAGGGAACCUUUUGAGCUCGACUGAUGAGCGAAGACCAACGGCGAAGCAGAAACACUACGGGACUACAGUACCUCUGCAGCUGGUCGGACACGAAUGGAAACCCAUCAGUCGACUCAAAUACCAGAGUCACCCCGUGUCACUGAAGCUCCUGAUUGAAGUGGAAGGUGAACAGCUGCUCCUGGCUCUGGAGAAAAACGAGGGCCUUUUUACCAGUAACUACACAGAAACCCAUUACCUGGAGGACGGCAGCGCAGUCACAGGCUACCACAACUUCACGGUGAACUGCUACUACCACGGCGAGGUGGAAGGUCAUGUGGAUUCAGACGUCAGCCUCAGUACCUGUGCAGGGAUUAAGGGUUUCAUAUCUUUUGAGGACAGAGCCUACGUUUUGGAACCAUCUGCCGAUCACACCGAUGGGACUCACUGGAUCUACGCAGCCCAACAUAUCAACCUCACUCCUGGCACCUGUGGCCACGAUUUCAACAUAUCUGAUCCCUCUGCAGAUGGAGGCCCUUUCAGAGCGUUUAGCACCAGGCAUAAACGCCACGUCCAGACGACAACCAAGUACGUGGAGCUGAUCAUCGUGGCUGACAACAGAGAGUUCCAGAAACAAGGCAAGGACAUGGAGAAGGUCAAGCAGCGGCUGGCAGAGAUCGCCAAUUAUGUGGACAAGUUCUACAGGGCUCUGAACAUCCGUGUUGCUCUGGUGGGUCUGGAGGUGUGGAGUGACAUGGACAAAUGUCCGGUCACUCAGGACCCCUUCACCACUCUGCAUGAGUUCCUGGACUGGAGGAAAGUCAAGCUGCUGCCUCAGAAGCCUCAUGACAACGCCCAGCUCAUCAGUGGGGUGUACUUUCAGGGCACCACCAUCGGUAUGGCGCCCAUAAUGAGCAUGUGCACAGCCGAGCAGUCUGGAGGAAUCGUCAUGGACCAUUCUGACAACCCCCUGGGCGCCGCGGUCACUCUGGCCCACGAGCUCGGACACAACUUUGGAAUGAACCACGACACACCGGAGAGAGGGUGCGGCUGCAGGGUGACGGUGGAUCGCGGAGGCUGCAUCAUGACUCCCUCCACUGGGUAUCCGUUUCCGACAGUGUUCAGCAGCUGCAGUAAGAAGGACCUGACGGCGAGCUUUGAAAAAGGCGUGGGGAUGUGUCUGUUCAACAUGCCCGAGGUCAAAGUGCUUUACGGUGGACAGAAAUGUGGCAACGGCUACGUGGAGGAGGGGGAGGAGUGCGACUGUGGAGAACUGGAGGAGUGUAUGAACCCCUGCUGUAACGCCACUACCUGCACUCUGAAGGGAGAUGCAGUGUGUGCCCAUGGACAGUGCUGCCAGGACUGUCAGCUGAAGCCAGCAGGCACUCCUUGUCGUGAAUCCAGUAACUCCUGUGAUCUGCCAGAGUUCUGCACCGGUACCAGCCCCCACUGCCCCGCCAACGUCUACCUGCACGACGGCCACGCCUGCCACAGUGUGGACGGGUACUGCUAUAACGGCAUCUGUCAGACCCACGAGCAGCAGUGCAUCACACUGUGGGGUCAAGGAGCCAAGCCAGCUCCAGGAAUCUGCUUUGAGAGAGUCAACUCAGCAGGAGAUCCCUAUGGCAACUGUGGGAAGGACUCCAAAGGCUCCUUCGCCAAAUGUGAACCACGCGAUGCUAAAUGUGGCAAAAUCCAGUGUCAGGGAGGAGCUAACCGCCCCGUAAUUGGCACCAAUGCUGUUUCCAUAGAAACCAACAUCCCUCUGCAGGAAGGAGGUCGGAUACUGUGCCGAGGUACACAUGUGUACUUGGGGGACGACAUGCCCGAUCCCGGCCUGGUCCUGACGGGGACCAAGUGUGGAGAUGGAACGAUGUGUCUGAAUCGUCAGUGCCAGAACGUCAGUGUUUUUGGCGUGCACGAGUGUGCUUCAAAGUGCAGCGGUCGAGGGGUGUGUAACAACAAUAAGAACUGUCACUGUGAGGCUCACUGGGCACCUCCGUUCUGCGACAAGACUGGUUUUGGAGGCAGUGUGGACAGUGGGCCCAUCAGAUUAGCAGACAGUGGGAAUCUGAUCGUGGGAAUCCUGGUGGCUCUGCUGACCGUCAUGGGCGCCGGUCUGGUCAUCUGCCUGAAGAGAAAGACGCUAAUGAACCUGCUCUUCACCAGUAAAAAGAACCCCAUCGAGAAGCUCAGGUCGGUAAGCGCCGCCAUCAGUGGACCGUCCACGCCAAACCAGCCCCCACCUGUGAGCACAGUGUCUCCGACCCGGCCUGCCCCGCCUCAGCCUCACAGCACUGCCGUCUUCAAGCCGGAGGUCAUGCUCCCCCCGGCCCCUUACCCAUCAUCCCACAGCCUGCGAAGACUACCCCAGUGCCCUCCGGUUCACCUCAGCCACCCCGUCCCUCUGUCUUUGACCCUGUCCCUGUCUCCCGGUCCGGUCCAACCCAGACCCCCGGUCCCGCCGCCGCAUCGAGCCCCUCCCCCUCACAUCCACCACGUGGCACCCAGAGGGGCGCCGUUUCGGCCCGUGUCACGCCUUAACUCCUGCAGGAUGGUCAUGGAGCUGGAGAAGCCCAGUCCUCCUCAGAAACCUCUACCUGCUGAUCCCAGGACUUCACGUCUGGGUCGGAGUCCUUCUAUGAUCCAGGGCCACGCCGUCCUCCCCAGGCCUUCUGCUGUUUGUGGCCCGUUAUCCGAAGCACCGAGGCCUUUACGCCCCACCCCACACCCCAACAGACCCAGUCCCAAGCAUCCCCCGACUCUACCAAAGCCUUGUAUGAUCGCCAACGUCAAAUACAACAGCUGAGACAUGGGCAGAAAGGGACCGUGUUGCGAUAAGACACUAAGAAAAACAAAACAAAACAAAAAAAAAAAACAUUUGCACUAUGAAAACUCUGAAAACCUUAAAAGAUGGUGGCUUCUCCGAGGUCUGCUGUGUCCCUUUGGUGCUCUGUCUCUGAAUGGUGCUACGAGUCUGAGCUCAGGUACAUGUAAAGUAUUUAUAUUCUGUAUUUAUUGCCACGCAGUGCACUGUGCCAGACACUUUUACUACACAGUAGCAACUUAGGGUUUUUAACUCGUCGUUUACCAAUUUCACAAUUUUUUUUUUUUUUUUUUGUUCUCCACAGCGGCUCUUCUUUUUUUUUUUUUUUACAAAGGAAAAGAAUCCAUUUAAAUCUGUGAAAUUAUGAUUUGCAUAAUGAACUUUGUUUUAAUGAAGGGAUCCCUUUACAUAAUAGUUUUGUUAUAUAUACUAGCAGUGUAGACGAACAAGUGUAACGUGCAAUGUCAGAUGAAUGUGGAGAAAACGUGUGGGUUUAGUUCAACCCAGUGGAUUUACUUAAAGGGGCUAUAU